CUAUUCAAUAAAUCUUGUGUUGGAAACCUUCGUUUAAGAUGAUACGUAUUUGUUGAUGUUGCAGAGGUGCGAAUCGUUGUCAAUAAAAGGUAUAGGAUAAUACUUUAACAAAAUGUCAAAUGAGUAAAAUGUACAGAAAUUGUCAUUAACACCGUUCAGGGAAGACAAUAAUAAACUUCCGGUUGAGGUUCUGUGAGCCAAUCCUUUGCGAAAGAUGCGAUAGAAUCAUCUCACCACGUGUGUGCAGACUUGGUGUUUACGUUUGGUUUUAAAAAGUAAUAGCAUUGGUUGAGAAAAAUUUGCUACUUUAGAAGGUUUCAUAUUAAGUUUGCUAUGGAAUAUUCAUGGAUUGUUUUCAAUUCUUGUAAAUAGUUUCAGUACAUGAUGUCAAGUGUUGAAGAAGUGAAGCGAUUGUUGACUUUAUGGGAUGAACAAAAUGAAUCUGGUCAAGAUGUCACACAAACUUUAAUGAAACUGGCUGAAAUUAUUGAAAAAGAGACAGAAGUAUUUUUAAAGAAAGAUCCAGAUCCUUUUGAUAAUAGACAUCCUAGUCGGCUUCAGCCUGAUUGCACAUUAGGUCAUAUAUUGAAAAUUUUCUUCCGCAAUGAAAGAAUUGUUGAUGAAAUAGUAAAAGUUUAUUGUAUGCGAGAUGUUUUGGAACUUAAUAUUGCCUCUUGCCGUCUCCUUUUGGACAUUAUGCCAGGACUAGAAACUUUGGUUUUUGAAGAGGAAGGAUUUGUACCUCGACUUUUACAUUGGGCAGAACAUGCUCCAAAUCCUCUGCAGGCAUAUGCAACUGGUCUUUUAGCUGCUGCAAUGGAUUCACAAGAUAUAGCAGGGAAAUUCAAAGAUAAAAAUGCGUACUUUGUAAGCCUGUUUAUACGAAGUUUUCACAAAAUGGUACCUUUGAUGCUUCGAAGGCUCAAUAAUUUAAGCAAACAGUAUCUAAGAUCUGAAAAACCAGAUGUAGAUGGACACGUACCUGAAAGACCCUUUGCUGGUUUAGGUGGAAAGUCAAAUAAUUCAGUAGAAGAUAAUUUAAAGAAUAGUACUCGAAAAGUGAAACGGAGAAAAAUAGAUAUGGAUGCUUUACGGUAUAGUCCUUAUCCUGAAAAUAAUGUGAAGAAUCAAAAUUCUAAUUCUAAGAUAUCUCCUGUUAAAACUAGUAUAUUAAAUGAUAGCUCAAACUCCAGCUGGGUUGAGCUUGAACAAUAUGUAAUAGGCUCUUAUCAAGUUUAUCCUUUGAAUAUUGCUGUGGAGCAGAGAUUUAUUCUAGAAUAUUUGACACCAAUGGGUGAAUAUCAAGAUCUUUUAGGACAUAUAGUAGAAGAAAAGGCAUUACCUUUGAUAUUGAAAUACAUUGACUUACACCAAAAUCCUGAUGUAAGACUCGCUUUUGAAGCUUUGAAGUAUUUAGCUUCUCUUCUGUGCCACAAAAAAGUUGCCAUAGAAUUUCUAAACAUUGGUGGUUUGCAAUUGCUUUUGAAAGUGCCUUAUCCAUCAGUGGCUGCUACUGGAGUUUCUAUAUGUUUAUAUUACUUAGCUCACAUUGAAGAAGCAAUGGAAAAAAUUUGUUUCUCUCUGUCUUCUUUAAUUCCAGAUCUGGUUUCCUAUGCUCUCUGGCUUCUGGAAUGCUCUCAUGAUUCUAGUCGCUGUCAUGCAUCUGUGUUCUUUGGAUUUGGAUUUCAAUUUCGGAUCAUUCUGGAAAAUUUUGAUCAACAAGAUGGUUUGCGAAAAUUAUUUAAUGCUAUGAGUACCUUAGACAUUUUUGUCUCAGAAAAUGCUGAUGAACUGUUAGAUAAUGAUGACCAAGUAUUUGCCAAUCGCCAAACUACAAGGCAUGUUUGUGGGGCUUUAAAACGGUACUUUGAAGCUCACUUGGUAUUGGAAGUAGAUCGUCAACUUUCAUCAGGUAGUAAAGUUGAUCGAGCUGAAAGUGAAAAGAAGCCAUAUAAGGCUAUAGAUUUGUCAAGUGAAACCAUUGAGCGUUAUAUGGAAAACUGGCGUGAAUUGCUAGCUCCUAAUAUUUCUUGGAAACCAGUUGACAAAUUAAUUAAUCUUCAGGGCAUUAAGUUUUUAUUGGACCUUGUAAAUUCAUAUGCUAAUAUCAGUUAUUCUGGAAGAGCUGAUACAGUGAAAGGUGCUAUAGAUGUAUUAAAAAUUUGCUCCCUCACAACUUCUGUUCAACUUCUGUUUUGUGAAAAUGUUACAAGUUCAUCAUCAAUGCACAUCACAGGUGUUGAUAUUCUUCUUAUGUCUGCAUGUGGAGAAGUUAUGCCAGUUCCAGAUAUCCAAAGAUGUGCACUACAUGCCAUAAUAAAUUGUGUGUGCACCAAACUACCUCAACAACAAGAAAAAAAUGGACCUGUUGAUUUCAGAGUUGAUAGUUCAAAAAGUUCAUCCACUCCCAAAAAGAAGUUAAGUCGCAGCAUAGAAGAAUGUUUAAAUAAAUUGUACAAAUGUAUAAGAACUAAAAAUGGAAUUCUUGUUUUAAUAAACCUUUUGUCUACUAAAACACCAUUAACUGAUGCUGAUUCUAUUAGAGCAUUAGCUUGCCAGGCUCUUUGUGGUCUUGCAAGAUCUGAGACUGUGAAACAAAUCAUCAGUAAACUCCCUCUUAUCACAGAUGGACAGUUGCUAGAUUUAAUGAAGGAACCAGUUCUUCAGGACAAGGGACAAUAUCAUGUAGAAUUUUGUAAAUAUGGCUUCCAACUCAUUGAAAGAGUUACGGGUGCUCCAGUUUCUAGUGGUUCAGGAUCUUCUAUGUUGAAUAUAAAUAAAUCAGAAAUUGUAGCUCAUACAAAGAUUGUUUAUAACAAAUCUCAGCUGCUUCAACUAAUAGCAGAGCAUUUACAGUCAAUGGGUUUCUCUGAAACUGUCAAUGUAUUAAAACGUGAAAUGUCCGAAAAAUCUUAUCCCAUCUCUUCUUCCAUAAAUGCAUUAGUUACUCCUGGUAAAAACACCGCCAUUAGCACUCCUGUAUCACGAAAAUUCCGUAACAUUGAAAUCUGUAAUAGUCCUUCAUCUCAAAAUACACCAUCUGUUACUUCCAUUCCUCCACCUUCAGUUCCUUUAAAAAUUGUUGUCAAUAAGAAAAUUCAGACACCUGAACCAAAACCUCCAUCAAGUCGUUUGCAAAAACCACAAACUUGUUCAGGAAAUUAUGUUCAAACUCCUGCAAUGAGACGGCAGGGCUCUGCUUUUCCUUAUGGAGAAUCACAACCCAGUAUCAGUUUAGACUCUAUAGUUACAGAAUAUUUAAGAAAACAACAUGCUUUAUGCAAAAAUCCAAUGCUUGCUUGUCCACCUUUUGAUUUAUUUGUACCUCACAAAUGUCCAGAACCAACGCACAAAAGAAAUGCAGAUCUCAAUUGCCUUCUAAGAAUUCAGAAAAAAGAGAUAGGAUUUAAAAAUGGUGGCUGCGGUGGUGCAGCAUUAGAUAGAAAAUUAAUGUAUGGUAGGUUUCGAUCCGUACGGUCAUUUAGAGAUGAAGAAGGUUCUUUUUGCAGUAGUUGUUUUCUGAAUUUCAGUCCAGACAAGCCACGUCCCAGAAUCCUGACAGGGAUGGGUUUAAAUUCAACAGGAGCAAUAAUGAAAGUUUUUAAUAUAAAUUCAGGAGAGGAAGAGUAUAAAAAGGAUGGAAGUUGGAAUGUAUCUCAUAUAGAAGCAGCAAAACACGAUCCUUUAUUAAUUACAUCAGAUUUCGAGAGAAGUUCAUCUUCAUUAUGGAAAUUAAGUGAAAGCAUUGAUUUAGUGCAUUGUUUUGAUGAUCUAAUGUUUUUAGAAUUUGCAAAAACAACAUCUAGUAGAGCUGUUGGUACAAAAUAUCAAAGUGCAGUGAUAAUUGACACGGCUACAUGUACUCAGCUAGAUGAAUUUCCAAAUCAAGGCCUGGGAAAUGGUUAUAAUAAUAACAGAGCUACCUUUGAUUAUUCAGAUGAACUUAUUCUUUCAGAAGGACUCAUAUUUGAUGUGAGAUCUAAGAGCAUAAUUCACAAACUUGAUAAAUUUAACUCGACUUUCAAUGGUGUUUUUCAUCCCAAUGGUCGUGAAAUAGUUUGCAAUACUGAAAUUUGGGAUAUUCGAACUUUUAAGCUGUUGCGUACUGUUGUUGGCUUAGAUCAAUGUAGAGUUAUAUUUAACCAGCCAGGAACAGUUAUAUAUGGAGUUUAUAGUGCUCCUGAAUAUGAUGAAAAGAUGAAUUGUUUCUACACAUUUGAUGCAUAUGAUUAUAGUCCUAUUGCUACUGUGAAUGUUAAAAGACAAGUCUUCCAUUUAGCAGUUGACGGGAGUGAACGAUAUAUUUCCACUAUAGAGUCCCAGUUUCAAGACUAUGAUCAGUUCUUCCCAGCUGUCCCUGGUGUAAAUAGUGUUUGCCGUUUAUAUGAAAUUGGAAGAACAAAGGAAAGUGAUGAAGAUGGCGAAACAGAUAGUGAAGAAGAAACAGAUGAAGAGGAUGAUGACGACGAUGAUGAUGAUGAAGAUGAUGAUCGUGGUGAAAAUGGACAAGAUGAUAAUGAUAUCACCAUUUAUUCUGAUGACGACUCAUCUGGAUCAUCUGUAGAGACUUUAUUUUCACUAAAUACAUCGUUGGGGGAUUGAAUCAAUUUCUCAAGAGUCAUAAUCUAUUUUAUAUAUUUUUAAAUAUAUGUAUUUAAGUGAGAUUAAUAAAAUGUAUGUAUUUAUUCA